UCGUCUAACUAUGUGACACUUGUUGGUGUUGGUUGUGGAUGCAUGUGUUCCUCUUUAGUUUUGCUCUGCAGUUCACCGACUAUAACCGGCAGAUGAAGAAGAAGAAGCUGCCUCUGGUGACAUUUCUUACAUAAAGUGGUCGGUGACCCUGAACCACGCAGGCAGGCCACACGUCUGGACCUCAGUCAGUGAUAUACAACCAGCCGCCCACUGCCCUACUCAUUAACACACAUUUAUGGAUAUACAAACACAAACGUUUACAGUACUUAUCCACAUGUGCUGUUAACUCUUAGGUCAUUGGUGGAUAAGGAAGGACACUGUAAACACAAACACUAGACGGAGUGACCCAGCAGUCUGAAUCCACUUACCUGGGCUGCAGGCGUCCACACGUUCCACCUGAUUGCCUGCAGAGUUUGCGGUUAUCAAGCUGCGCUCUGCCAGAAGAGUCGUGUUAUUUGAGAGAGCGGGGGGGGAAGUGAGAAGACGUGAACCUCAGGAGCUGUGCUGUUUCUCAGCUGCUGCAACACGGAAGCUGUGAGCCGAGUGACCGACCGGACCUACAGACAUGGGGAAGCAGAACAGCAAGCUCCGUCCUGAGGUGAUGCAGGACCUCCUGGAGAGCACCGACUUCACCGAGCACGAGAUCCAGGAGUGGUACAAGGGCUUCCUGAGGGACUGCCCCAGCGGGAACCUCUCCAUGGAGGAGUUCAAGAAGAUCUACGGUAACUUCUUCCCCUACGGAGACGCCUCGAAGUUCGCCGAGCACGUCUUUCGCACAUUCGACGCCAAUGGCGACGGGACAAUAGACUUUCGGGAGUUUAUCAUCGCGCUAAGUGUGACGUCACGUGGCAAGCUGGAGCAGAAGUUGAAAUGGGCGUUCAGCAUGUACGACCUGGACGGAAAUGGGUACAUCAGUAAAGCUGAGAUGCUGGAGAUUGUUCAGGCGAUCUAUAAGAUGGUGUCCUCUGUGAUGAAGAUGCCAGAGGACGAGUCGACACCUGAGAAGAGGACGGAGAAGAUCUUCAGGCAGAUGGACACCAACAGAGACGGUAAGCUGUCUCUGGAGGAGUUCAUCAAAGGAGCGAAGAGCGACCCCUCCAUCGUCCGCCUGUUGCAGUGCGACCCCAGCAGCGCCGGACAGUUCUAAAACCUGAGGGCAUCAACACAACCUUGCUUCUUUGGGGUGACUCCAAAUGCCCUUAACUCUCCACUAUGGAGCAGACUGAUGAUGAAGAAUGACAAGCUGAUGAUGACGAUGAAGAAGACAGGCCUUCAACAUGCACUGAGGACAUCAAAGAUGGGCACGGGAGCCAAAUUGUCCAGUUAACCCCCACCCCCCCUCCCCUCGAGCUGUUUAUCUAAACCCUCCAAACCCCAACACAGACUGAACCUGAAGACUUUCCCAAACCCUCAUCAGGUUGUCAAACCCCACCAGGACCCCUCAGUCCUCCUCUAGGCAUAUCAGCGUAUACAGAAGGUCUACAGUAGGUUGUGUGUAUAUAUACAGUAUAAACUGGAGUCUCUAUAUCAGUGUCUUUGCUUGGCUCUCUGUGCCCCAUCGAGGCUCCAGCCGGGGCGACACAGAGCCUCCGUCACUCUAAUGUGUAUCAUAGACAGAGUGUGUGCAUGAGACAACAAGAGAGAGAGAGAGAGUGAGAGCUACGAUGGUGUUGAAUAACAGGACAUACUGUAGGUGAGAUUAUUUAAUCUGCAGAGAGGACUAGUGAAGUUUGUCCUUCACUCAGAGCGAGUACUGCUUUUAGUUUCCUCUUUUCUACUGUGAGAAUGUGUGUUUGUGUAUUUUAUGAUAGACUUUGUUUCAUAUUUUGUGUUGGGACAAAAAUUACAUGUAACAUGUAAUAUUAUGUUACUAUGCAUACGCGCCCUAAAUCGGUAGUUUGAUUUCGUGAAGUCUUCACUGAUGUAAUGAAGAAUGAAACGCAUCCCUUUAUCCGCCAGUGUUUUUUUUCAUAUCGGUAAAAAAAGAGAUUUUUUUUUUGGGGAGUGGCAGUGCAUUACUGCGCUCUAGUUUAAGGAAAAUAGAAUCUUUAAAGUAUUUGAGUACAGUGUAGAUAUAUUAAAGCGCACCCUAAAAUUUGUAAAGCAAAUUCUGAUUUCUCAGUUCAUAACAAAUGUUGUGAAAUAAUAAUAAUUGUUUAUUUAAGCUACUGCGGGGGAUGUCACAAAACGAUGUGAAGAAGAGACAACACACUUCUUCACGGUCACUUUUAGAUGUUUUUAAAUGCCGCAUGUUGAACAGUCGGGCGCAGAGGUGCAUUGACUAAAAUAACACGUAUGCAUGUGACUUAACGCGCAUGUGUGUGUUUCACGUACGUUUAUGGAUAUGAGUGGCUAAACGGCCAGUUGCCCAAUCCCGCUCUGAGCUCGCUUCUGUAUGUUAGUAUUGUCAUCGUUAGUGCUACCAGUAGUCAGUGUUAUGAUGGACUGCCAAAGCUGACACACAUCUGACGGUUCACAUGAGUAACGUCAUGGAGGGAAACCAAGAGAAGCUUCUUCGGAAGACCACCACACAACAAUCUAUAUACGUAUAAAGACACGCUGUUUAAUGGGGAUGCUGGGUAGUCACAGCGGAGAGCCUUCUUUUCUGUUUCAGUUGAGCUCAAUAAUCAAAUCACCAUCCAGUUUCAAUCCAUAGACAUAUAUACACAGACGCCACAUUGACUCCUGGACCUAUAUGGUUGGGGGCCAUAUUGGACAGGGCAAGACUGGCCCCUAAACACAUACAAGUGAAUGGGGGAGCUGCCGUUUUUUGGGAUAAAAAGCACUAUAUCGUCUACAUUUCUCAACUGAUUUCAAGGAGUCGUUUUUAUAUUCAAACGUUUAUAAUAACAAAACAAAACAUUUCCUUCCGUAACAUCAGAUAAGAGCUAGCUAACGUUCGUUAUUGUUAGCUAAACGAUAUAAGUUAAUGUUAGCUUAUUGAUGUUCAUAUCUAACAUGAUAUCGUGUUUAAAACAUGAAAUGUACGAUACAUAUUAAAAACGCUGUGUCUAAUAUUACAAACAACAAUUGGUCAACAAUUACGCUGUUAGAUUAUUUUGUUUUUUAUAAUUGCUGAGUUAUCACCAUUAUUUCAAUAAAUUCAGAUCAUAACUAAUAUUACUAUACUAAUAUUUAUUGUUAUUCUGAUUGCUCUUAUUAGUAAGUACAUAAUAGUAAUUGCAGUAGCAGUGUUAGAAAGCAUGAUCGCUAAAACGGAGGAAGACGUUUCAUUGUAUAUGAUAUUAUAUUAUAUUAUAUAAUACAGGGACCUCGCUACAACAAUUAACCUUAAACAAGGAAAAUAAGCCAAAGCCAUAACAAACAUGAGUUUUAAUUAUUCCUUAUGCCAAAUUAAUUAUUUUUUUAAUCAUGUAUGUAAUUCAGUUCAUGUCAGCCUACAGUACACACUCGUCUCCUGAGCGUCUAGCAGCGAUUAUAGCCUAACUAUCCAGAUUCUAAGUAACUGGAGACAAUACUUUAUUUUUCUACUCCUCAUAGAUCAUAAACCUUUUAAAUAUAAUAAAGACUCUUUGAAAUCGGUUGAGAAAUGUAGACGUUAUGGUGCUUUUUAUCCAGAACAAUGUCUGCUCCCCCGUUCACUUGUACAGGGUUCCAGGCCAGUCUUGCCCUGUCCAAUAUGGCGCCCACGUUGACGUAUUGCCGCAACGGGCUGAAGCGUCCAAUGCGGCGUCUAUGUAUAUAUGUCUAUGUAUCUGUAACAGAGUCAAGCAUGCACACAGAGGACUGAAUUCUUUAACAACAGUCCCAAUUCUACAGUACACUUUUAAUCAACUAGCAUAAACACAGUUUACAGUAUUACGUCAAAUGAAUGCUUUUGGUCAGUAUAAGUGCUGGCGUCCCACUUAUAAGAACACUCACCUUCUCUCCUUCUUUCAUUCCUUUACUUAGCUGUUAAAGAAAAGAAAAAAGCUCUCCCUGAGGUUUUAAAUAUAGCUCAACCAGGACCAGUGAGACCCUCCCCUGAAUGUACCUGACCCCCCCCCAGGGCACAGCCAAGCCCUCUCAGUUACUGCAUUAUUUUCCAAUUAGAAAAGCUUUGAAUGUUUUACUAAAUAACUGCUGUUUUUUGUGAACAAGAAGAAAAAAAAAAAAAAAGGAUGCAGACAAACAAACCGAGAAUCCCAACUACUGCAAUGAUACUGUCACCAUGUGUUGCUUUUAUUGUAUUUUUAUGAUUUUAUUUUCUUCUUUUUUUAAAUAAAAAAAAAAAAAAUACGUCAGGUGUAACAUUUCUGUUAAAACACAAAAUAGCAUCUUGUGGUCAAGUGCCAAAUAAAAACAAAGCAGUAUUGUAUAAAUUUAUACUGUACAAUUGUUAUCUGUUGAACAAAAUGUUUGUAAUUGUUGCAUUUUGUAGGUUUUGUAUGGUAUCCUGUAUUUAGUGACUGCAGUUUUGGAACACAGGACUCUGUUUUUUGGUCAACUUUAAAAAGGCAAGAAUUAAAUUUACAAUUUAUUGUGUGCAAGCAUUAA